CCAACCAAUAUGCAAAUGAUACACUGUUACUUUGAGUUUGUUACUUUUUGCAUUGACAAAAUGCUGGAUGGUUGUUGUGCUUUUGGAUUUAUUAAUCGAGGAGACAAGCCUGGGCUGUGUCAGCAUGAAGGAACUACACAUUAAAACCUAAGAGAUAGGAGGGACUACAGAGGGACUCCCGGUAACCCCUUGAGUCGACUAUAAAUCCAGUUUAAGCUCAGAGGUCCAGAAACGUGAUGUGACGACACCUGAGCCAGCUCUACUCAAUGAAUCAAGGCCACAAGAGUUUUCCGGGCAUCAUCUUCCCCGUCCGAAAGUCGAAACAUCCCAGGUCUACUGUGUUUCCGAGGUAACGGGACAACUGAGGCUUACUCCUGAACUUUUUGCCUGAAGGACUGAAAAAAGCAUGGAUUCCUUCGGCUUGGUCAAUGACUUUGUGUCUCCGGAGUCGACGGUGACCUCCCUGCUGUCCAGCUCAGGCCGCCUGAGGAGCAGCCUUCUGGCUCCUGAACACAACACCACCUUCAGAUACAGAGACAAGAACUAUGACUCCGCCUCUGCGGCGCUGGACGCCUACAUCACAGACUUUGAGAGGAGUCGUCAGAACAGCGAAUUGUUGACAGGAAGGCUAGUCCUGCCGCACAGUCCACCCUCCACGCCGAGCAGACCCAGAGUGAGCAUGCUCAGAAACAAAGAUGUUCUCAGGGAGAGUUUGACCGACAGGGAGCUAGACUUCCUGAACCUCCCCGUCAGCUCACUCCGUCACCGUGUCAACCGAGACAGACUCUCCAUGACCACAGACGAGCUGCUGUCUAUCCCUCACGACGGCUCGAUGCCCGUCACCCACACUUCCGCCUACAUCCAAGGGCUCCUGUCCCAGUCUGGAGCCUCCCAGCCCCACCUUUCCUCCUCCAGAACUGCACACAGAACAUGGGAUAGACUCAGCAGCAGCCACCCCGCCCCCCGACCGGACCACUACCACCCUCAUCCAACCAGCACGCUCAGGAGCUCCAGGUGCAGAGGAAGACAAGGGACAGCCACGCUGACACCAGAAGUUGACAUCUCCUCAGUCAGCUACUAUAGGUCUGCACACAGAGCAGCAAGAACAGAGUGUGCAGAGCAGUCUUCAUCACUCCACCUCCCUCGCUGGUUCACCAGUAACAAGACUGACAUGGACUGUUCUGGAAUCACCAGCGUGCCGGACCUGAAGUACCCAGCCUGGAUCCAACGAUGUGACAUCAGCGAGCUGCCACCGCCCACAGAGUCGGAGCUGUGGGGGCACCACGUUCCCACAACCAGAGCUCCCUCCUGGGUAGCAGAGCUGGAGGAUGAUGAUCCUGACCAGACACCUGCACAGGUUGACAGCCAGCAGAUUCUGGAAGAUCUGAGGCUUCAGUUUGCUGAACAGAUUUCUCUGUUCGCAGCACAUAGAAACAGCUCUGACAACAUGCAACUGUUCAGAGACAACAGGAUCGAGUCUUUGAUCCAGAAGGCAGAUCAGGUGUUGAACUCUCUCUCUCAGAGUUCUAGAGGAGCAGACAGUCCUGCAGAUCCAGGUGGGACCAGGACUGAACCCAACACACAAGUUGCUGUUGAAGAAGAUGUCAGCCCAGUGAACACAGAGGAGCUGCUUUCAUUCACUGUGGACUCAGCAGCAGCGGGGAGCAUCACAGAGGCUGUGACUGACCGAGGAGCUCAGCUGCAGGGCCAUGGAAACAGCGACUUUAAGCAGCCUGGUCCAGUUGAGGCUCUGAAACAAAUGCUGUUCAGACUGCAGGCAGUGGAGGCAGAGCUGCAGCGACAACAACAGGCAUCAGUAGCUCCAACACUGACUGACAGGCUGCAGGCUGAGACUCCAGUGAAGCAGAGGCCUGAAGGUGAAGCAGAGCUGGAGACGUUUCCUGGUGGACCGUCACUACAGAGGGCUCUGCAUCACCUGAGCCGUCUGAAGGUGCUGGUGGAAGAACCCAGACAGAAACACAGAGCGGAAGACGGGGAGAAGGACGAAGAUGAAGGACGCUACUCCUCUUCAUCUGCUGACCGACUCAUCUGCGCUCAGCAGAAACCCACUUAAAGAUGAAGGCCUGUUAAUCAGAGAGAGGGACUUCCUGUCAGCUUCACUGUCCCCUUCUGACUUUUUCCUGUCACAUCCAGUGGCAACAGGAAAUGGCAAACGGUGUUGAUGAAUCUGGAUGAAGUAUGUUCUGGAUUUGUAUUUUAGAUAAAAAGUUCCAGUUUGUCUGAACGUCUGAAAUGUGUGUUGAAGUUCUGUGAAGUAUUACAGUGAAAGAAGCUGUGGGACAGUCUGGGAAAAUGUCAGACGAGAGGAUUUCCCAAAAGGUCAGAUUCAGAUGGGAGGAUGGUUUCUAAGCUCAAAUGUCCAGGACCUCUCUGUAUUGGACACAGAGAUGAACCUGUUAUCCGUCUUCUCGUCUGACUCUGGAAGACGGAGAAAGAAGAGGAUUUCUCUUAAUGUCACAACGUUGCUCUUUAAAUGCCAGAUGAGAAUGAAGCUGUGCUGCGUCUCAGCGAUGUUAAGGACAGUCCGUCUCAAACUGACAGAGGAAAUGACCAGAUGUCAUCAUCAUUCUACGUACUUCAAGCAUCUGUUAAAAUGUGGUAGCAUGUUAACCUGCUUCAUUUUAGUUUAUCACAUUUCACAUGUAACUUGUUAACAAUCAUUGAUGUUAGCAUACCAACUGGACCAUUUAAAGUGCUAACGUUAACAUGUCGACCAUAACUGUUGCCACAUUAACAUGCCUACAUUAGCAUUUCAACAUGCCAGUGUUAUUAUAAUGCUAAAUAUUUAGCAUAUCCCCAUGCUAAACAUGUCCCGUGCCAAACCUCUAAAUAAGUAAACUUUUGUAACUAUGUACCAUAACUUAUUUAGGCAACUUAUUUAUUUAGAAUAAGUUCUUUAUUCAACACUGAUGCAAUGAGCAAUAUGGCAUAUUUUUUAUAACAAAAAAAUAGGUUAAAAUGUUUUUAUUUCACAAACUUAAGUAUAGAAAAAAAAAAAUGUAUUUUUGGUAUUUGUGCAGAAACUCACGUAUUGUACCGGUACCAAUGUCCAAAGUUUCCAAACAAUAACCCGCCCUACUAACUGUUGGCAUGAUAAGUUGCUAUAAUUAUCACGUUACCACUUAGCAUUAAGUUCAACUCAGUACAGAUGAACCUGACAGAGUGCAGCUAAGCCUGAGGAACGCUGAGGCAGGAAUGACGGUGUUGGGAGCUGAGCCAGACAAGCUGACAUGUCCUAAAAUGGCCACAGCUCAGAGGAUGAUACUGCGUUAACAUUGUCGGGGAGUUACUGUGAUUACAACUUUCCCGUUUGUAGAAACUGUUCUCAACAAAAUCCAAUUCAAAUUUUGAGUGAAAUUAUAAAAAGCAUAGGUUCAACCUGGAGCUUAAUAAUACAGAACUACCUGAAACAUGGACAAGUCUGUUAUUCAAGGACAUUAAAUCUACAUUUAAUGGAUAUAGUUUUCUAUAGAAUGUGCACAGUAUUUACACGGUUUGGUCCCUUUGGCUCCAUCGUCAGGACAAACUAUUUCAUCUAUUGGUGGUAAGAUCAUCGCAGGUUUCCUUUGCUGAUUUGGACAAGAAACUCCCUUAAGUAUUUUGAUUCACUUUUGUCUCAACUGAUGAAGACAGACAUUGUUUUCUGUCUUGCUUCACAUUUGGAACCAUUCAAGUGCCAAAUCAGCGUUCAGGCAGACAGGUGACCUGAACAUGAAAAGAUACUCGUUUUGAAUGUUUAACAUCAAGUGUUUUUAUUUCUAUGUAACAGGCUUGUCUCCUGCUGCUCUGGGCUGGUUUGUUCUCAAACCGCUCACAUUAAACCGUCUCUCAAUAUCA